CAACUCGCGCCGCCUCUCGCUCGCUGCGUGGGAGGGACUGGGAGCGAGGGAGACCGACUGAAAACAGCCUCCGCUCUGAAGAAACGCCGUCGCAGAGGAAGGAGGAAAAUGUUGCCGCAGAGGAUGAAGAGGGCCGUCGCCGACAACCCCAAGAAGCUGGCCAACCUGAUCGACCUUGUGAACCUGCCCUCGACCGUGCGCGACUUCGUGGGUCAGUCCCAGACCUCCCGCCUCGGCUGCUUCAUGCGCGUCUGGUCCUACAUCAAGUCCAACAACCUCCAGGAUCCUAGCAAUAAAAACCUGGGGAACUGUGAUGAGAAGUUGAAAAGUAUAUUGUUAGGCAAGCCACAAGUCGAACUCGCUGAGCUUCCAGCCUUGAUCAAACUGCACUUUCCGAAAGAGCCCAAAUGAGUUAAUGAGGUUUAUUGUAAAGAUCCAUAAUGAUCACCUGUGUAAUCGCCUCCUCUGGGGGCAUUUGCCAUUUCAUUCUGUCAGUGAUA